AUGCAUCAACAAUCCCGCCAUCCUCCAAGGGUCUCGUCCCCCGCAUCCUCUCCCCAGACAAACCCCACACGAACGAACAACCCGAGGGAUCGAGUCCGCGCCGACUCGGACACCACGAGUCCAGAUGAGAAGUUGGAGAACAGCGAGAGUUACGGCUCUAUGCCGAGCAGGGACUCGAUCAAGAAGCUGGACCAGAUCAUUCAGAACUUCUACGCCAAAGCGGCCGUGGUCAUUGUACAGUCGCGGAUCAACACAACGCCUGCCGGGGGGAGAAGGGCAGCCGAGGCGAAACCGAACCUCUGGUUCUCGCUCGAAACCGAUGAGAUAGAAGACUUCCGAGACGAACUCCGUGUGUACAAGCAGUCCGGCAGCUUCGAGAACCGCCCUCCACCCAUGAUCAUCGAGACGUACAUCGACGCCUCCAGGUUGUCCAGCAACCAGAGCUUGGUUAUCCUUGACGCCCAUGGCAAGAGAUGGGAUGUGUUGGAGGCGUUAAACUCGUCGGAAACAUCCGACGACAGCCCUAGACAGCGCCAUACCCGAAAGCGCAAUACCGAGGUGAUCCUGGAGCGGUGGAGGCUUGAGCUCAAGUGCCCUUCGAAUCUCAUGACAGACGAGUUCGGUCCGACUCUGCCGACCGUUUACAAGAGGAGCAUCGUCUUUUUCAGGUCGCUAUUCAUAGUAUCGCGCAUCAUGCCCUGCUGGAAGAAUUUCCCCUCGGGAUUGACAAAAGGAAUCAACCCAGCGCUCGAGGUCAAGUGCAGAGUCCUGAGCGCCGAGACAGAGUAUAGCACCUACGACCCCUUGCGACAGCCACUUCACGACGGCGGAGAUGCCGUCACAGAAUACGUUUUUUCAGACUUGGAGGUACCCGUAGGACGCUUUUACGCCUCUGUGACGUAUCGAAACGACUACAACUUCCGGGUCGACGACGCCGAAUCGUUGCUCAGCUCGCAGUUUAUGGGAGUCGAUGAGAACUAUUUUCGGCCGUCAUUACCGCAAAGACGAGGGCAUGGCAGAGCUGAUUCGUAUGCGGAGCCAGGCUCUUUGCCGCCGCAGCGUCAGGACCGCGGACCACAAGGCCCGCAGCAAACGUACGGCAGUUUGUCAACCUUUCACGGCGCAGGGGCUUUGGGAACAAGCCCGAUUACCGCAAUAAGGUCCGUCCGCCCUAUCGGCUCCGACACUAGCUCUCCCUCUGCCUCAAUCUCGGGGAGCGUUGAACAACCAGAUCCGCCACAUUCGUUGCCCAUUCGCGGCACCGCAGCCCGGCCGAUGUCGAGAGCCUAUGAUGGGAGCGGCCGUCGACCGUCAGUGUCCUUCCAGCCGUUCAAAGCCGGCUCGCUGUCUGGGUCCCCGAGAAUCGGAGAUUUAGAGGCUCCGUCGUCGCCACAGUCGCUCAACCGUCCGGGUAUCGCCGGGCCGUCGCGUACCGGAAACCGCUCCUCGCUCACCAUGGGGUCGGCGGCUUCAUUACGCGGGGCUCCUCCCGCGCCUCAAGACGUGCCCUCAACCUCGGGAUCGCCAAGGCCGACUGGCCGCUACAGCAGCAGUUUCACCCAUCGCCGGAACAGGCCGUCGUUCGGCGGGCAGAGCAAGGCCGACGAUGACCAGGCUAGCAGCGGGAAGCAGAGCCUUUCUUCCUCUGUUCAGCCAGGCUCAGGUCUUCUCACCGAGGCUGGCGCGGUUACCAGCUCGGGGUCCUUCGCCGCCGACGAUGAUAACAUCUCAGACUUCUUAAAAGCCCUCGACAGCCGGAAGACGCUGAAGAGCUUCGAGCCGAACAAGAAGGGCGAGUCCCUCGCCUCCAAGCGCACGGCCGCCCAGCUUUCCAAGUUUCAACAAAUGCGCGAGACCAACAACGUCCUCACCGAAUCCAUGACCUCGUCGAUCCAUCUCCAACGCUCGUCGAGCUCCUCGAGCCGGCAACUAACCAACGUCCCGAGCAUGCCCCUCUCCCCUCACACCCCACACACGCCGGCCAUUCCAUCCCGGCUCAGCGAGAACUCGAUUAUCGAUUACCAACCCCAAAAUCAACCGCGCCAGGGAAGAAACAACCCGGACACAAACACCCCCAGCGAAGGGGCCGAGCCUGUCGAGGAAGACGACGACGAGACACCCAUGGUCACCCAGCAAGACAGCAAUAACCGAACGAACCACUCAUCAACAACCACCACCACGACCAGCACCGGCACAACAGCAAUCGACAUCCCCCUUUCCCCGCGCCUCCUCCACCACGGCGGCACCGCCGCCAUCCGCCGCCCCAACUCUGUCGCCCACCAGCAACAGCACCAACACCAGCAGCAGCAAGGCCACCGCUCCAUCGCCGGCGAAGUCGACGCCUACCAGCGCAGCGCCAGCGUCGAGGGCGUGUCCGCCGACGGCCGCGACGUGCCCACCCUCAGCACCCUGCUCGCCUACCACCACGAGGGCGCCCACAUCCCCCGCCCGGACUCCUCCUCCAUCCCGCCCCCGUCAUCGUCAGCCGACGCCGACGGCGGCGGCGGCGCCCCGCUAACCGCCGGCGAGCGCGGCGGCGGCAUCUCCUCCGGCUUGGGCAUGGGCCUGGGCCGCGGCCUCGGCCGCCCGGGGUCGCUGGGCAGGGCCGGAAGCGGGGGCAGGUAUGCUGGCAGUGUGGAGGGUGCGGAUGAGGAGCCGUUGUUGUUUGCGAUGAGUGAGUUGGAGCGGGAUUCGAGGAGGAGUUUGGAUGAGCAGGGCGGUGGUGCUGGUGGUGGGGGUGGGGGUGGGGGGAAGUAUGACCCGCCGAGGGGGAUUCAGAAGAAGGGUUGGCGGUCCUGA